AUGGAGAGUUCAUACUCUGAAGAGCACCUGGGCGGAUACUAUGAAGGAUACUACAGCCCCGAUCAAGGGGGAUCAUAUUAUGACCCAGACUGCUCUAAUGUUUCAUACGACGCACAAGACCCUUAUAUAGAAGAUGAUGCAAAAAUUUGUGCAGGAAUAGAGGAGCAAACCUCCUCCAAGUGGAAAGAAAUACUGGAAGUAAUCAUCAUCGAGAUCCAGGAAAACAAGAAAGUGACAUACCAACAGUUGCUCAAUCUGGAAAGGAACAUAAGUCUGUUGGAGAAAGGACUGGCAACCUUAACUGUGCAAGUGGGGGAGCUGGAGCUCCACAUGGGGGCAUUAGCUACGGCAGUAGGGUGCAGGCACACGCCAGGAACGCUUCUGAGUCUACCAGAGAUCAAUCCUAAAGGAAAGUGCCAUGCCUUGCAGCUGCGAAGUGGGACCACAUAUCAACCUCCGGAAGCAUCGGACCUAGGAAGGGGGAGAAAGAAGAAAGAAAAGGGGCCGACCAACCUAGGUAUUCCCAUCAUCCCAUAUCCCCAGAGAUUGAAGAGCAAAAAGCUGGAUGCCCAAUUCAACAAGUUCUUGGAGGCAAUAAGCAAAGUCCACAUUAACAUUCCAUUGGUGGAAGCACUGCAGCAGAUGCCGAACUAUGCUAAGUUCUUGAAGGAUGUGGUGGCUAAGAAAAGAAAGUGGGGGAAGUACAAGAUGGUGAACCUUACGGAAAACUGCAGUGCUAUACUUCAGAAAGGGCUACCAACCAAGCACAAGGAUCUAGGGAAUUUUAUUUUAUCUUGUGUUUUGGGGAACAAUGUAGAAGGUAAGGCAUUACGUGAUUUGGGAGCAAGUAUUAAUUUAAUGCCUUUAUAUUUUUACAGGAAGCUCGAUAUUGAUAAUCUCCGCCCCACUUCGAUCACCCUACAGAUGGCAGAUAGAACGACAACAACACCAUGGGGGAUCGUCGAGGAUGUUUUGGUAAGAGUUGGUGAAUUCAUUUUUCCCGCUGAUUUUGUAGUAUUGGACAUGCAUGAAGACAAGAAGGUGCCCUUGAUACUAGGAAGACCAUUCCUAGCAACUGGAGGGGCCAUGAUAGACGUUCAAAAGGGGGAGCUGACGUUGCGGCUACAUAAUGAAAGCAUCACCUUCAACAUUUAUAACGCCCUAAUGUUUCAUGGAAAGGAAGGAACAGAAGGCUAUCAAGAGUGA